CGUCAUCGUUGCUGAUCGGAGUCAUGGCGGCGCGGAGCGACCGGGGGAGAGAGUGAGGAAACCCGGGAAGAGGGAGCGAGAAAUACCGGGGCCUGAAAGCUAGAAAACCCAGGGAGAGGGAGCGAGAAAUACCGCGACCCGAAAGUGAGAACACCUGGGGGAGGUAGACGGGAAUGGAGGAGACCGGUCCCUAGUGAAGGGGAAUCGGGGCCGCUAGCAGCCGUUAAUGGAUUCUGCCCCGGGGCCGGAGGGGGCCGGGAGCCCGGGGAUAGAGUUAGAGCCCCCGGGGUCGGAGGGGGUCGGGAGCCUGGGGUUAGAGUUAGAGCCCCCGGGGCCGGAGCGGGCCGGGAGCCCGGGGUUUGAGUCGGGGGAAUGCGAGAGACUGCGGGUGGUGUUCGACAUGUUUGAUGCGGCCGGGGAAGGGCUGAUCCGGCUGGAGGAUUUCUGCAAGAUCGCCAGCAGCUACGGAGCCGAGCAGGUGAAGGAGUUGACAAGGUACCUAGAUCCUGCUGGUCUUGGGGUCAUUGCAUUUGACGACUUCUGUCGUGGAAUUGCUGCAAUAAAAAAUAAUGGAGACUCAGAUAGCCAGAACUACGAUGCUGGAUUUGGGAAUGAGGAUGAUGUGUUGCCCUGCACAGAAGAGUUUGAGGACUUCACCUGCUUUGAGACAAACGAGGUGACGGACAGUGCUUACAUGGGCUCUGAGAGCACCUACAGUGAGUGUGAGACGUUCACAGACGAGGACACAGGCACGCUCGUUCACCAUGGAACACACGAUGAGUUGGAGACAGACAGCGCUAUUGAUGCCACACUGACCUCUGAGUUCACAGAUACACUUGAAGAAAAUAGUGUCCUAUUUAAUGGGGAGAUGAAGACCCAUCACCAUAACUUUUCGAUGAGCUCCAACAUUUCUCUCCUUAGUACCGAGGAGCACUUUGAAGAUUACGGAGAGAGUAAUGAGACUGAUUUUGCAUCUAGUAGCCUGUGUCAGGAUGGAGGCACAACCAUCGAUGGUCACUUUAAUCGCUCGUCGCUGCUCUCUCCCAGUGGUCAUUUCACUUCAACUUUACAAAGUGUCAUUGGGGGAGAGAUGCUGGAAUAUUACUGCACCCAGUGUCAUAAGCAAAUCAAUCGCUUGGAAGAUCUGUCCACCCGCAUCAACACUCUUGAAAUGAAUAGCCCCAUCAUGCGACUCAGCAGCAAGAAGGUGGCUCGGCAUCUUCAGCAGAACAGCGCAGGCAGAAGCGACAGUAUGGAGAAUCUGUCCAAGAACACGCUGGGCUUCAUCCCCUCUGAUCUCGCUGAUCAGGUGAUAUUCUUGGAGAAACGAGUCACUGAACUGGAGCAAGACAGUACAACCAAUGGAGAAACCCACAACCGCCUGAGGCAGGAGAACCUGCAGCUGGUACACAGGGCAAAUGCACUGGAGGAACAGCUCAAAGAGCAGGAGACCAGGUCUGAGCAGAUGUUACUGGAGGAAAUAAAGAAACAGAAAGAAGCUUUGAGCAAAGUGGAACGAGAGCAGGUCAUUGAGAUUGAAAAUCUUCAUACCAGGCUACAUCAGCUGGAUGAGGAGAAUGGGGAAUUGCGAGCAUGCAUUCCCUGCCUCCGGGCUAAUGUUGAGAGACUGGAGGAGGAGAAGCAGAAGCUGUUGGAUGAAAUGGAUGAACUGAAGCAGAAACUGAAGGAAGAGCAGGAGAACAACCAGAAACUGUCCGAUAAACUCUUACACAAGCAAUAUCUGUUUCAGAAAGAAAAGGAAGCUACUCAAGAGCUCAUAGAGGAUCUGCGGAAGCAACUGGAGCAAUUGCAACUCUUCAAACUGGAAGCCGAAAGGUUGCGUGGGCGCUCGAGCAGUAUUGGGCUGCAGGAAUACAACAGCCGCAAUAGAGAGACUGAGCUGGAGCAAGAGAUUAAACGGCUCAAACAGGAUAACCAAAAUCUGAAGGAGCAAAAUGAUGAGCUGAAUGGACAGAUCAUUAAUCUGAGUAUCCAGGGAGCAAAGAGCCUUUUCACAGCCUCUAUCGCAGAAUCACUGGCUGCAGAAAUCAGUUCUGUUUCUAGGGAUGAACUUAUGGAUGCUGUUCAGAAACAGGAAGAGAUCAACUAUAGGCUGCAGGAUUACAUCGACCGAAUUGUUGUGGCAAUCAUGGAGACCAAUCCUGCGAUUCUCGAGAUCAAACAGACCGAGGCACAUUCCUAGCCUCUCUCAGGACCAGUGUACAAACAGUAGCUCUUCUGUCGUUUGUGUGUAAAUCGUGAGGCAGUUCCUUGCAGCAAUCUUUGUCCUAACUUUGAACCAUGGACCUGUGUAACUCCCGCACAGCUUCACUUCUAUCUUCAUGCCAAGGUACGAAAGGCAGUUAUGUUAUUUCCUGCAGGUUUUCUGUUCCCCUUUCACAGGUGGGUUUGACUGGAGAUCAUAGCAUGGACGGCUGCUCUACUAGCCUGGACUGCCAAAGUCUCACACAGUGAUACAAAGCCUGUCAUUAAAAUGCAGUGAAGUAAGGUGAUGCAUUAUUAAUGAUGGGGGAGGGAAGAACAGAACAGAACCAUGACUGCGUAAUUUAACAUCUUAUUUGUGGGUGAUGUUCGUGCAGUCCUGUCCCACCCACUUAGCUGAUUUGUGGGAAUUUCUGGGUAUGUAGCAGGUAAUCAAUUGAGUGCACACAGGAUCCUGUACAAUACUGGUUCAGGUUUGUGAUACGUGCAUUGGAACCUGCUGUUUUACCCAGACUUGGCCCACUUGUGCUUUCUAUUUUGAAUCGUAGCUCAGUGAAAAGUUCACACCUUGAAUCCAGAAUCUAAUGCCCAUAUAUUGUUCAGAGUUAUGGACCUAAUAUUUGCCCUGUCAGGAUCAUCAUCCUGGCACAGCACAGCUGCCUUGCUGGAUGACUUUCCCUGAAGCCACAUAUCUCUGCUUCUUCCAGUUGUUCUGAAUCAAUUGCCUAAUUGUAAUGCAGAGAUUAUAAGUCAUAAGGCAGGUCUGAUUUUGGAGCUGCAAUUUUAAUUUCUGCCUCCUUUAGCUGAGUCUAAUGAGCCUGGGCUGUGCAUGAUAUGGUGACCUGAAACUGGUGCAAGAUUGUUAGUUAAUUUCAGGUAAUAGGGCAGAUUAAUGAUACAGUGGAAAUACUUCAGCUGCACCUUGAUUUGACUUUUGGUGAUCAGGUGAGGGUUCCAACUGGCACUGCUAACUCAGUUAUAUACUUUUGCCACAAACACUAGAGAUUGUAUGUGAACAUGUCUGUAACACAACAUUGCUCACUGAAAUACCCCUGUAACACUGCUUUGUACCAAGUACCUUAUGAUGACACUGACACCAGUUGUUUGCACAAUCACCCACUGUUCUUUGUCCAGCUAUUGUGUUGCACUGAUACUGGCUGUUUAAUGUUGCUAUAUAGUGAUGCUCACGUUGUUCUCCUGGUUCUUGUACAUUACUUGCCAGCAAAAAGUAUGGUUAGGCAGCUGACCUCUCAUCUGCUGUGACCUGUGCAAAUAAGUACAAGUGCCCAGUGACACUACAAAAUUUACCCAGAGUUUUGUCAUUUUUGGUCCCUUCACUCAUAAAACAUGUAGAGUUCUUCAUCCAAAUCUGCAUGGAAAGAGAGCUAGACUUGCCACUGCUAGAGGAUAGAGUAGGUCCUGCCUUUAUCCAUUGCUUCAUGGUCCUAGUUCUUGCCCCCUCCACUGAACCCCAGCCCACCAUCCUGGUGUGCAUGUGAAGCACCUUCUGGGCAGUCUUACUGUGCUAUGUGAGAAGUUAGUUUUUUCCAUGGGAAGGUGAUUUAAAACAAUGUUUUGCAUUCAUGAAGACAUGCACUCUGGCCCAUGCUAAUAUGCGGAUCCUUCUGUUUGGCAUUUCUGCCCAUCACGAUAAAAUGGUGAAAUAAAAUCAAUGGGCAAGGAUGUUUUCAUUAAUUCAUGCUCAGUCUUGGUGGCUAUAAAUCAGAAAACUUGCAGUGUGAUUACAGGGUAUGCUUGUUCCACUGAACUCUUGAUACCCUGUGCAUUGCAUCAUUGUACAAGGAGGAUCAGUUGAUGUGUUAUGGUCCAUUUUAUGUUGGACAGCAUGUACUGAGUGCCACCCUUUAGUCUGUUCCAUUUAACCUCUGGUUGGAAGGUGUUAGUGUCACACAACAGGGUGCAUGUGAGAGCUUCAGUUUAGGGAGAGUUCUCCUGGUGCCUCUCGUGCCUUCUGCAUGAGUUCCAUUGAUACAAGGUGCUGCAGUGUGCUUGUAAACUUUGCUGCAUGGUCUCUGGUGUAAAUCGAUGUACAUUUUGAAUUUUCUAUCCUUACACAGUAGAAAGUUAUUUUUUAUAGAACGAAGGCAGAUUUAUACUGGAGUUGGAUAACUAAUGGAUUCGUUAGAAUCACUUGACAGCUCAAUUUUGUAAAGUCAAUAGGUUCUGUCUGUAUAUAGUAGGAAACUGAUGGGGAGCAAGUUGAAUGUUGAUUUCUUUAUGGUCGAUGCAUUAACUUGCACUCAACUAGCCAUGAAGAUGAUGAUACUGUCAAUGAUUAUGUAUAAAUGAAAUGUCUUAAAAAUAUUUUGUCUUAUCAAUGUAGUGUCCUAACAAUUGGAGAAAACUGAUGUAAAUUGAGAUUUAGCUCAUCUUAAACUGUUUUUAAACAACAUUCUGAUCUUGGUUUGUGCACUGCUUCAUCACCAGAACUAAUCUAAGCAUCAAUAUUUGCUGUUUAUACAGAAUCUGCCCAUUAACCAGGGAAUAAACAUUGCAUUGAUCAUCAUGGUAAUCAGUGAGUGUACAGAAACAUUGGGUUUGCAAUCCUGUAUAGACUGGCUUUUCUUGGUGCUGAGGUAUGGAAUGAAUGGUGAUAUGUGGCUACUGUAAGCAUCCAGACAGAUUUACCAAUUAAAAUCUCUAAAGCAACAAA